UCCACUCUGCUAACAGCUAUACAUGCUUCACCCGUCUUUCUUCUCCACUCUCCUCCCCUCUAUAUAUAACUUCAAUUCAGCUCUCUGUUUCUCUGCAUUAAAACAGAGAAAAAGAAAAUCCCAACUCUCCUAGUUCCCAGUUAAACCAUAACCAACAAAAUGGCUUCUGCAACUCACGAAGACCUUAGCCUCCAAGAAGAGCAAGAACAGGAACAUGAACGUGUAUUCAAACAACAAAACGACGACGUCCCAGCAAGCUCCCUGAAAUACCUCAACCCAGAAAAGGGUCAAACCAUGGAAACUGUACGCAAAGCUAAUCUCAUCUCUCUGUGGCAGCUCAAUGCCCUCAUAGUCAUGCUUGUCUUCUCAGCCAGCGGCAUGGUCAGCCUGCAAGACUUGGCCUUUGUUCUCUUCUCCAUCGUCUACAUCUUUAUCCUCUCCAAAUUCUCCUUCCCAACUAUUUCCAGAGACCCAUCUCAGGACACACCAGUCUUCAACCCAAAAAGCAAAAUGGUCAGACUUGGCCCAAUCUUUGGCGCCGUCAUCGGCCUCGUCCUCCCCAUAGCCUAUAUCUUCGAUGGCUUCUUGGAAGGAGAUAAAGAAGGCAUCAGAGCGGCUGCCCCGCACGUGUUUCUUCUUGCCAGUCAAGCCUUUGUCGACGGAGUGGCUUUCUCCGACAGGUUCUCGACUCCGAUUCGGGUUUUCGUGCCGGUUUUCUUUAACGCAAAGAAGAUUUUCACGCUCGUGGAUUGGGAGACUGUCUCUUGGGAGAUGGCUUGCCAUUGCUAAUUUGGUUUUCUGGACUUUGGAUCUUUUUGGGUUCAUGUUGCCUAUUUAUCUUCCUAGAGCUUUCAAGAAAUAUUACUCUGCAAAAACAGAGAACUCUAAUAUCAAUAUAUGUUUGUUUCAACGGCAACUGAAGACUCACCACUGUAUGUAUACGUAUGUAGUCACAUCAAGAAAUAAUGUAUGCAUUGUAUUUCGGUAUUUGGUAUUUGGACUUAAAAAUACAUG